CUUAAUCCAAUUUAGUAACAAAUAAAGUUACAACAUCGUGACUUCCAAUCGACGACAGUUUAUCCGAUUGCAGUCAUAUCAACGGUUGUCAUAUUUGAAACAACUAUAUCAAUAUAUGAAGUAACAAUCUAAACCUCAGAAUCGAAACAAGAAUCAAAGCAGUGGUCCGUGAUCAUGAGGAUAGGAGUGGUGAUGAGGGCAAAGAGAGGAGACGUUUGUUGAUUGAUCAUCUCUCCAACCCCACACACACAAACUCAACGCAUUACACAAUGCACAACACCCUCAGAAAUUGACAAACUCUUACCCAAGCCCUGAAUAUAUUGACAAAAAUUCCCUGCCUGCCAGCCCUCCCUCUUUCCUUCACAUGCCCACCAAAUUCCAACUGUAAACCCUGAGACCAGUUGCAGCAGAACAGCAGCAGCAGCAGCAGCAGCUAAUCCCACCACUCACUAUACCUAUACAAUCUCUCCUCCUUUUACUUUGAUCACUCCUUUUCACUCACUCCGCCUCUGAUCUUUCUCUGUCUGGCUAUGUGAAAAACUUAAAGCAGCUUCCUUCAUAUCUUGUGCUGCUACCUCUUUCUCUUUCUCUUUCGACCAACCUGAAACAGUAGAGCCCAGUACACAAGGAGAAAGUUCUGCAGCAAAAGGUGAGAUCCGAUUUCGUAAGACACAGCCCCUUUUUAGUUGAGACCCAGAAUAAAAGCUUCCAACUUUGCUCUACACAUACAUAUAGGUGGUGGACACCCCUCCCCACCAGUCCCCACUUACCUAGCUACAUAGCUCUUCUUGUCUCCUGUUCUCAAGCCUAGAAACAGAUUCUGAGCCCUUUUCCAUGAUCUCUCCCUUUUUUUGGGUCCUAGCCUCUUCAGUCUCUUUUCCCCAAUUUGACUUCCAACCAUUUUUGUUUGUUUACUGUUGAUCAGUCCUUUUCCCUUGCCUGCAAAAAAGCUGCUGCCGGGGGAGUAUGAAACUGAACUGUCAAACACUCUUACCACAUCCUACUCGCAGAAGCAGGAGCUAGAUUACAUAGCAGGAGCAGAGCCAAAUCCUUCCUUCUUUGCUUUGCUUUGCUUUGCUUCAUAUAACCAAGCACCCACGUAAGUAUAGCACAAAUGGGUCGUUUCCCAAUGCCUCCCCCUUCAAAAGUUACACUAGUAAGGUCCUUUUCUGGCUAGCUGCACCUUCUGCUGAUUCCUGAUCUCUUGAUAUCCCUUUUGCAUCCUCCCCCUAACUCUGUCUCUUUCUUUCCCCUCUUAUCACUUCCUAAAUUUGGUCUCUUCUUCUACUUCUACACUCCCUCCCUCUCCCAAUGAUGCAAUUCACUGAAACCCUACCCCUCGUUCCCCAACCGCCUCUGCACCACCACCACCACCACCACCAAAUCCCUGCCGCAGCCGCGGCCAUGAUCAACAACAGCAACAGCAGCAACAGCGACCCAGUAAGGGCCGGGCUGCCAGCACGGCCAUGGCCAGGGCUACUCCCGACAUCCAAAUCAUUCGGCAACUUCGGGGAUGCAAACUGCAUGGAGCAGCUGCUCGUCCACUGCGCCAACGCGAUCCAGAGCAACGACGCCACUCUGGCCCAGCAGAUCCUCUGGGUGCUCAACAACAUCGCCCCUCCAGACGGCGACUCCAACCAGCGCCUCACUUGCGCAUUUCUUCGAGCACUUGUCGCGCGUGCCGCCAAGACGGGCACCUGCAAGAUCCUCGCCACCACCGCCGCCCGCUACUGCUACAACAACAACCUCCUCCCGCUCUCCACCCACCGCUUCUCCGCCAUCGAGCUCGCCACUUUCGUCGAUCUCACACCCUGGCACCGAUUCGGCUUCACCGCCGCCAACGCCGCCAUCCUCGAUUCCAUCGAAGGCUACUCCUCUGUUCACCUCGUCGACCUCACCUCCACGCACUGCAUGCAGAUCCCCACCUUAAUCGACGCCGUCGCCUCCCGCUUCGAAUCCCCUCCGUUGAUCAAGCUCACCGUCGCCGCGCCCACCGACAGCAGCCUGCGCCCGCCCGUACUGGAUCUCUCCUACGAGGAGCUCGGGUCAAAAUUGGUCAACUUCGCCAGGUCGCGGAACGUAGCCAUGGAAUUCCGCGUGAUCCCUUCCACCCACUCCGACGGAUUCUCCACCCUCAUCGACCACCUCCGAAUCCACCACCUCCUCUACCCGGAAGCGACGCCGCCCGCCGCGGAAGCGCUGGUGAUAAACUGCCACAUGAUGCUGCACUACAUCGAGGACGAAUCGACGGCGAUCAUCGCCUCGCCGUCGCCGAGGGACGCGUUCCUGAAGUCGAUCCGGAGCCUGGAGCCGACGAUUGUCGUGGUUGUGGACGAGGACGUCGAGCUAACGGCGGGGAAUCUGGUGUGCCGGCUGAGGUCGGCGUUCAACUACUUCUGGAUCCCGUUCGACGCGGUGGACGCGUUCCUGCCGGCGGCGGGGAGCAAGCAGCGGCAGUGGUACGAGGCGGAGGUGUGCUGGCGGAUCGAGAACGUGAUCGCGCAGGAAGGGAUGCAGAGGGUGGAGCGGGCGGAAGGGAAGGCGCGGUGGGUGCAGCGGAUGCGAAACGCUGCGUUUCGGGAGGCGGCGUUUGGGGAGGAUUGCGUGGCGGAGGUGAGGGGGAUGCUUGGGGAGCACGCCGCCGGGUGGGGCCUGAAGAAGGAGGAAGAGGAUCAGCUCGUGCUGACCUGGAAAGGCCACAAUGUCGUCUUCGCUACUGCUUGGGUUCCUGCUUAAUUUGACUACACCAAUUUCUAGUGUUUUCUUUUCCUUUUCCUUUUCUUUUGGGUUAAGUUAAUGUAGAAUUAAUUCAUUUUCAGACAAUUUAAUCGUCCGUACCUGUAUUCUUGAUAUGUCUCAACUUCUUUAGUUUCAACAGUUCAUGCGCCUGCCUGUAUAGUUUGUGCCCUGAAUUCGCCCUGAUUUCAUUAUUGAAUCUUUCCUUACCAUUGCAAUUUAAUCGUCCGUAAUUCCGUAUAACUGUUACGGAUAUUUUUAGUUCUAAACCAAUUCCGUAAACCAAGCCAUAUGAUCAAUAAAUGAGGUUAAAAAAC